GUAUGAGUAUACGUCAGCCACGUUAUCUUUUACAAACUAUUUGAAGACCGACUGUAGGCUACUUUACAUUUAUUUCUGCGCGUGUCCACGUUGUAUAUUAAGAACAUGAUGUCUUAGUACAUAACACUGACAUAAGCAAGGGAGGGGCUGCUGCUGCUGCUGCUGCUGCUGCUGCAAAACACACAGAUAGAAUGAAUGCAAAGAGCCAAAAGAACACUUCCUGUUGAUGCAAAAAUUGCAGCAGCAACUGUCUGACACAUCUGGACUGGAGAGGGGGGGAGGCCUGGCUGUAGUGUUAGCGAACUACUGAGUGGAAUGGACAACGUUUAAUGCUAAUCUGCAAGACGGCAGCCGGCAAACUGGAGAAACGUAUCCAAGAAAUGGACGACGGCAGCUACAUCGAGUUCGAUGUGCCGGAGUUCAGUAACACUGUUCUGACCCAGCUCAAUGAGCUGCGGCUGCAAGGGAAGUUGUGUGACAUAAUUGUUCACAUUCAGGGCCAGCCAUUUCGAGCCCACAAGGCCGUGCUGGCAGCUAGUUCACCCUACUUUCGUGACCACUCAGCUCUCAGCACCAUGAGUGGCCUUUCCAUCUCGGUCAUCAAAAGCCCUGAGGUGUUUGAGCAGCUUCUUGCAUUCUGCUACACAGGUCACAUGUCCCUGCAGCUCAAGGAUAUUAUCAGUUUCCUCACUGCUGCCAGCUUUCUGCAGAUGCAGGCCAUCAUUGACAAGUGUACCCAAAUCCUGGAGAGCAUCCACUCCAAGAUCAGCCUCCCAGUUAGUGUCUGCAGCCCGGAGAAGGACGACUCGCAGACCGGCGGCAAUGGGGUCAAUGACAGCAACCUCUUUGUAAACCCUACCCAGAUCUCCCCCCCUUACUACUCCCGGCAGAGUCAGGCAGGACACGAAGCGCGCUUUGAGCUGGCAGGAAAAGGCUUGGGCCGGGGGCGACCGCAGCAAGAGGAAGGCCAGUCGGACCGAGGCAGCAGUGAUAGUGUGUCGGAGCUUGACGCUCCCAUGGAUGGAGAAACGGAGCAAGUGGAACUGAUCGGCAAAGACGGGCAAGUAACAGACGUGCAUGUGAAGAUAGAGAAGACCGACAGGCCCACGUACUCCGAUAGCUCCUCAGCCGGUGACGACGGCUACCACACAGAGUUGGUGGAUGGAGAACAGGUAUUGGCUGUUAGUGUGGGCUCUUAUGGGCCUGUCAUCCAGUCUGCUGCCUAUUCUUACUCAGGGCUGUCCUCGCCGUGCUUUGUCAACCUUACCAACUCCAGUCCGUCCCGCUCCAUGCUCAGUGGCUACAGAGGUGGGCGAGCCAGGGCAAAGCGACCCCUGGCCAUCCCAGCGGGAGCGCUGAGUCAUAUCAAACCCGGCUCAGAUGACGGCGAAUCAGCAGUGGGACCCGCCGGUUUGGAGAACGACGUGCGCGAGCGUAGCCUGCGGAGCCAGUGGUACCCCUACAAUGAGAGACUCAUCUGCAUCUACUGUGGAAAGACCUUCAAUCAGAAAGGGAGCCUGGAUCGCCACAUGCGCCUGCACAUGGGAAUCACCCCAUUUGUUUGUAAAUUCUGUGGCAAGAAGUACACAAGGAAAGACCAGCUGGAGUACCACAUCCGUGGCCACACGGACAACAAGCCCUUCCACUGUCAGAUCUGUGGCAAAUGCUUCCCAUUUCAGGGCACCCUUAACCAGCACCUGAGGAAGAAGCACAUGGGAGCGUCGGAGGGCAGUAAUCAUAUAGACUCUCCAGAGACGACGGAGGGGAACUCAGGUCUGAAGGACCAAGAGGAUACGUCCGAGGGGAUGGCCUUUGAGGCACAAUAUGCAGAAGAGGCACCAGCCAAUGAUAUGGAGGAGAGUUCAAAAUGCAGUCCAGAGGAGGCCCAAGCAUCAAGAUGUGAUUUGUAGGUCCUGCUUCAGGUUAAAGAAGCUUUAAGAAAUGUUUAUCUUAACUCAACUUAUAGGACUUUUUUUCUUUUCUUUUUGAAUCGGCUCCCUCUACUAUAGACAUUUCUUGCGUCAAGGGAUUCUGUCAAUUUUGUGAAAGUUAGAUGUUGAAUGCGGAAAGCAAAUGGGUGCUUUAUAGAAAUUUGAUUAUUUCAAGCAAAGGGAGUAACAACUUACUAUUUUUCAGGAGGUCCCAAUAAUCAAGACCCCCUCAUUGAUUUCUCUUUAUAUCUUUCCAUGUUUUUUAAAACAUAUUUACAGAGUUAUAUAGGCAUGUUGCAAUAAUUGAUAAUGUGAAAGCUCUGGUAAGAUGCUUGUCAUAUCACCUUUUUACCUGACCUGUUUUUGCACAUGUGGCCACAGGAGGUCACUUACUCACAAGGAAUUAUUUUUCUGCCAGUGCAAAGCUUCGUGUGACAUAUCCGUUCAAUACCUCAUGAAUGAAACUACAUACUCAUAACAGACAGUAUUUUAACUUAAAUGAAACUCACCAGGUUCUACCUCAUAGCCAAGAACCUACCAGGCACAGGCGCGUUCACCGUUUGAAAUCCGUUUUAGGUUGUAUGUACAGUAUCUUAUUGCCAAACCCUGUAAAGAAUAUUCUCUCAACAUUAAGCCUUGAUACUUAGGGGAACUAUUCCUUGCUGAUUGUAUGGAUUAAGGACAUAGUCCUUGUCAAAUGUUUCUCGGGCAGCCAGGUUAAAGUGAUUUUAAGAAGGUGCUAUGUGAGGAGUACAUUCAAUUUGCUAGCUUUCUUGUGCGUUUGUUUUUGGCAAAUGCGGACAAUAGAGACAGAAAAUGGCCCUGCGUAUUUUUCAAGAUAUUUUGCCGUCUUAAUAACGUUUGUUCUACAAAACACUUAAGAAUUGUAUCUCUCAUCACUACUGGAGAUCUCACUCUGUUGGCGUGGGUUAAGAUGCUGUCAUCCAUGUAAUGGGUGAAUUACGUCCAUACAGUGAAGUCAUUCGUAAUUCCUUUAUACUCUGGUGGAGACUUAUACUGAAUUAUUGUUGUAUGUGUAAAUUGUUUUGUCCUGAGGUAGGCUUCUAGGUUAAUACUCCGCGUCUGACAGGGACAGGAGUGCUCAUUGUCAACUCAGCACAGGAGGAACAGCUGUUCACACAAAUCAAUAUAGUAUACUAGUCUGAAUAAUAUGCAAAACAGAAAGAACACAGGAAUCUCAGCCAUUUUGACAUGGUUUUUCUUCCAUUAUUUGAAAGAGCUAUUGACUUGUUUCCUUUUCUUUCCUUCCCUCUGUCCUUCCUUUGAGGACGGGACGGUUGAUCUGUGAUCUUUGUUCUCUGCAGUGGUUGGGAUCUUAAUUCUGAUGCAGCAGCGGUGUCAGGGUAGUACUAGCUUCACAGCAGUGAGUAAAAAUGUCGCGAACUUUUGAUGAGACUCUGCAAUCACAUGAAUACUAUUGGCUACAAGUCAUGUAUAUGACAACAUAUUGUAUCUAUACUGUUUAAACCAUGGGGAUCAGGGAUGGGGGGUGUUGUUACUAUAUAGAGACUUGGGCUAUUUUCCAUAGAGAUUUAAAGGAAUCUGCAUACACAGUAAAUACGUAAAAGGCACUUAGAAGGCCCCUCUUGCGCUCUCCUGCUUUCUUAUUUGCCAGCCAGCUGUUUAAUUAAGCUGUUAAAGAUUUUUGAAGAGCACCUGCUAUAUGCUUUUAUUUUGUCCCAUUUGGUCCACGCUGAAUUUGUGUCAAUGAAUUGGGUUUGAUUAUUUCACAGUUUCCAUAUAAUCUUUCUACUUUGUGUUCGUUUUGGUAGGAGAAUAUUGUGUUUUGUUGCUUAUGUCUAAUGCCGAGAGUGCAGUCCUUUUAUUUUUAAUUUUUUUUAUUCCACUGAAUGUGCGGCCAUUGUCUUCACUCAUUGACAGUUAAGACAGCAAACCAAAAUGUAGGGAACUUUGCAACAACUCGGUAUAGCUAGCGUUUGGUUAUCUUAGUGUGUAUGGAUGUAUCGCAGACACUUCUGGUCAUCACACCUGCACUCUGCCAACCUGUACAGUACUUUUUAGAUGAUUGUUUGCUACGUCAAGUUCCUUUCUGUCGGCCGCAGAUGUGAUGUGCAGGUUUUACAGCUGAUCUGACCUCACCAUAAAUCAGUCGCUGACUAAUUUCAAUCUGCCUACGAUUCUUGCCCUUCACCUCGGGAAAAAAGGAGGAGAUGCAUACCUUCUUGUCCGUAUUGUUUUGUGAGUAAUGGGUACAAACUGCUAAAACAAUUUUGUGCCAAGAGUUCACGCCAAAGACUAAUAGGUGAUUUUCAACCGUCAGUUGUGACAGUAUUGCAUAAUUGAAUGCUCAUGAAGAAUAGGUUCUUAAUUUAAUGUAGGACUAGUCUUUUUUUUUUUUUUUGAUUUGCAAAGAAUGUAUGUUUCCCAGCUUAUAACAAUCACUUGUGUAAAAUUUAAACAAUUUGCUAAGACGACGUUACGCAGCGAAAGUCAUAAAUAACAAUAUAUUAAGCCAUACAAAAGCUGAAAAUAUGAACGUUGUGCAAUAGGUAUUGUAAUUGUUUGAAGCCAAUGUAAACAAAAGAGAGAAUACUUCACAAAAAGUGGCAUCUUUAACUUAGUGCCUUGCCACAAGCUUUACAUUUUAGAUUCUGGCACUUAGAUUCCUGUGCCUCUUUCAUUUUGUAAAGGAUUGAAUUGAGAGAUUAUAAUAGAAUAUGGCCACACCAUUUAUUGGCAAGUGGUACCAAGAAUGAAAAGAAAUGAAUACAUGUCAUUCUUGUCCAUUUUGAAGGUUUUUUUUUUUUUUUUUUUUUCAGUCUAAGUCCUGCACCCUGUUUUCGCUUUUAAUUGUUUGGUCUAUUUUUUUGUUUUGUCUUGUCAUGGAAUGGGCAACUGAUUUUAAGUUAUAACUGAUGUUGUAGCAAAUUGAUUACAAUCAAAUGAGGCAGACUUCUUCCCUGCAAGCCGUUGCCCAAUGUUCAGAGACCAUACUGUAUCCCCUCCUCUCUAACCACCGAGGACAAUCUUAACAAUGUACUGUAGUGUUAGGCAUUUCAGUGAAGGACGGGGAUGCAUGAGAAACACAAAUCUACUUCCUCUCUGUUCUCUCUGAGCAUCUGGCAAGGGAACAGCUGCUUGGGUAUUUAGCAGAUAAUAAACUGAAUAUUUAUGGAGGGAAAAAUAAGCUAACCUUCAUUUACUGUAGCUGAAUUGCACGUUGCUCAACCUCAAAAUUGUAUGAAAUUGCCAAUGGAUUUUUUUUUAAUUUUUUUUUUUUACUUGAGUUUUCUUGUAUGUGUCAUCGAUUGUGCACUUACAGUUUUAUGUUGAUAGUAAAUACCAAUUCCAUCCGGGAAGUCCAGUCUGUCUCUGUAGUUACCCUUAAUGGACUCCGCUAAAAUGGCCUGAGUCACUUUGGUAGGGACCUUUCCCCCUUAAAUGGUGCUUUUAGACUAGUCAGAUUCUUUCUUCUUUUUUUUUUUUAUUUAUCAAUCGAGUCCAUGUAAUCAUCAUAGGUGAAUGGAGGGGAAAUUGUUUAAAUGCUUUUCCAUAACUAUAGUUACUUACGUGAUACACACUUAACAGAACCAACUAUACUUUGACACACACACACACACAAACACACUCGAAUCGACUCUUUGUCAACUCUUAGUUCCACACACACCUCUGAGAGGAACAGGAGAUUAUGGGCCACAAGUAAUCAAAAGGAAGUGUUUACAGGGAAGGCUGUCAGACUACUUUUUGAAAUUGCAGCUCGUCCUAUUCUUUUUAUAAUAAACUCACUUCAGGUAGUUUACAAACACUGAUACAGGCUUAGAAAAAAAAAAAAAAAUCUUAAGUCUUCCAUAGCUUUUCUGUCAGUUUCUGUCCACUGUGUAAUAUAAGAAAAAAGCAAUAACCUUUUUAAAAGUGUAUUGGGAUCAUCAAGCCUAUUGAAAUAUUGGCCUGUCAUAUCAAACAAACUGAAUGUCAGGGAGCUGUUGAAUUGAAGUAGGACCAGGACAAUUUGAUAUUGAUUUAUUUUUUAUAUAUAUUCUGAAACUUUGGACAGAUUGACUCUCCUCUUCAGAAAGAAUAUAUAUAUAUAAAAAGUGGCAAAAAGUAGUGUUGCUUGCUGGUGUUCUAAAUGCUCAUCAAACUCCAGUGGUAGUCAGUAAACUGCAACACAAGAACUGAUUGCGUGGUCCAGUCAUCAAACUCAGUGGCACUGUUCAGAGUUGCACCUCCAGCUGUGUCAAAUAGUGAAAGGGAUUUUGGGCUGUAUAGCCACUUGUUUGGGAGCGGGCUGUCUGUUGUCAUGCUGAGGUUCAGUGGUCUCCUCUUGGCUCCUCACGCACUGAGACUGUAGUUGCAUUUGUUCAGGACGGAGGGGGAAGUUUUCAGUCAAGCUAACUGUUCCUUCUCCUUUUUACAAAUCCCCUAACUCUGCACUACAAUGUCUCUGGCUCAUAUGUAGUUGGUGACAAGACAAAAAAAAAAAAAAAUUCUUAGAACUCAGGGUAUAUACGUAGUGUUUAAGGUGGUCUCAUUGGACAUACUACUUAUGUCCAUAGUAUAAUUGUGCACUUCUUUUCAGGUGGGGAAACAAGUCCUCAGUCAGUGGUUCCCAAAACAUUCUGUCUCAAUGAGCCCAUAUUUUCCACAGAGCUGAAGCUUGAGGAGAACUGGAGACCACAAACUAAAGCAUGACAGCAGAAAUGCCCCCAACUCCUGUUUUGUCCACUCUACACACAACCUCACAACCCAACUGUGAACCUCAGAACUCUACUGUUUUGUACAACUAUGAAGUAAAUGAAGCUAGCUAGAGCUGAUGUAUCUAUUGCCAUUUAUGAAUUUAUUUUAUAGCAUGAAAUUUAAAAAAAAUAUAUUUAUUCAAAUUAUAUAUUUUACCCAUAAUCAUUCUGUGCUGCUUCGUUUUGGUUCUUAAGCUUGUAAAUUGCUUUUUUAUUAUAUGAAAAAUGCCAAUAGAAUAAUGCGUUUGUAAAAUAAAGACGCUCAUUUGGCUCUGA